AUGAUGCAUUCGACUCGAAUUCAGAAUCUUGUUCGUCUCUUGCAUAAAGCUCCGAGUACAGACAGCAUUUACAUGCAAAGCAGACAUUCUGGCAGAGUAUUUCUAGCUAAUCCGGACGAAGUAACUCGCAUUUGUGAUGAAUUUGAUAAGAUUCCUGAUAAAUAUGCAUUUUUUGAAAGAAUAUUUCUUCAUCUAUUCAAGGUUGAAGAUAUAGAACUGGCUGUUCAUUUUCAAUUGGAAAAUCUUAAAGAAGAAGAGCUAAAAAAGGAUCAGAAAUUCAGAACGCAUGUGGGUAAAUUCCAACGAUUUAUGACAAGCUUAAUGGAUAUGUUGGGUAAAGGAGGCUUAGAGAAUUCAGACCAAAUAGUUCAAAUAUUGAGAGCUAUUGGACGUCAACAUGCGAAUGUUCGUUCAAUGAGUUUCACUGCAGAGAAAUGGCUGUUGUUCAAGAACGUUCUCAUAUCUCAGCUCUGUAAAGUUACUGAUAAAUCGUAUUCCACAUGGAGCCGAUUAUUAGGAUUUGUGAUAUUUGAGAUCAAAGAUAGCUAUUUGGAACAUGUGCGUCAUGCAAGAUCAUCCUCAUGUCCAGCCAUCAAAGAGUUUCGGGUGUUCAGAAGAAGUCAAUAUCGAAAAUCAUCUGUGUGUAGCGCUAAAAUGGAUAAGAACCUCAAGGAAAUGAAAUGA